UACACCAGCCGGCAUCGGCGGCAGGCCAGGCGUAACGGCCGCAUGGCUCGCUGACGGCGCGCGCGAAGCGGCCGAGAGCCCGCCAAACAGGUUGGCAGCCAUGGCGGACGAACAGGAGACUGGUUUUUCGGGUUUAGCCGGUAGCCCUGAACCGACGAGCGAGGACCGGGUCGGCCCGCCAGCACCACCGACACCGUCAGCCGCCGCUCGCGGUGCCCACAGUGGCGCCCCAGCGGAGGGUGGCGCAGGAGGAGGAGGAGGAGGCGGCGGAGCCUCGCACACCUUGGUCGUGCUGCCCGGUGCCUCGGUGCCCACCCUAGCGGCGUUACAGCCACCUGAGCCCACCGGCGAACUAGCGGCCCACGAGACGCAAGAGGCGUCUUCGUCGGUGGUGGGCGGAACCGGAGUCGAGGCUGUCGCGGCGGCGGCAGGCAUCGUCACAGGCGCUGCAGGGCACUGUGGUCGGCGUCACCGGCGACGUCGACGACGACGAAGCGUGCGUCAAGAACGUGGCCCUGGUGCUGGUCGAGGGACCCGACCAGCAGCAGCAGCUGGCUGCGCUCGUGCUACCUGACGCCGCGCAGCGCAUGUCGGCCUCGGGACCCACCAUGGUGCUGCAGGUGGACCUGAUCAAUGCGCGGGGGUCGUUUCAGGACGGCGAAGCGGUGGCAGCGGCUGCGGCCAACGGCCAAGCGGGCGGCGUGACGGCGGCGGCCGCGUGGCGCGCCUACUACGACCACCCGCUCACGGCGGCCACCACGGCCAUGCUCAACAUCUCCGAGGAGCAGGCACUCAUGUACGAGUACGCUGGAGCGCUCAAGCAGCAACAUCAGCAGCUGCAGGCGGCCGUUACGCUGCCGGAGAUAUGGACGCACGCCGUGAGCGUCCCGGCCACGUCCUCCUCUUCGCCGCCCACGACGGUGGUCAAGAGCGGCCACGUGUCGCCGAGCACGGUGCAGGCAGCGGCGGCGGCCAUCGCGGCCCGCCAGGAGGACCUCUUCCUGCCCAAGGCUGAAGUGCCGGACGCCGGCGGCGGGGGCCCGGGUAGCGCCGGGGACCCGCUCGUCGACGCAGCCCUGAGCGGGGAGCCCAAGGCCGAGGAGGUGUCCGCCACGGUGAUCACUAUCAAGCAGGAGGCCAUCGAGGGCACCAAGUCGGACGACAUGCUCGAACCCAAGAGUCCGUACUCGCCCGUAUUCGCCACCGUGCAGCCGGCACAGCCGUACGGCGGCGACCUGUUCAGUGUUCUCACCACGAGCACAUUUGCGGGCGGCAGCAGCCCACCGAGGCCCGUCUACUCGGCCGCCACGGAGUACUACAGGCCCAGCACGGUGGACUACUAUGCGACGGCGACAACCACGGGCACCGACCAAUACCAGCAGGCAGUACGGCAGCAACACCUAGUGGCCGCCGCCGUAGCAGCUGGUGGUGCAGGUGGCACCGCUGGCGCGUACGCUGAACCCGAGCCGGGGUUCGUGGACCGCUACAUCCGCCAGAAUGGCUCGGCGGUUGUCAAUGGUUACAAGAGCGGUAUGCUCACCGUCGACCUGCCUUCUCCGGACUCGGGGAUCGGCGAGGCUACAAUGACACCAAGGGAGUCGGCAGGCCUACAACAGAUGUUCGACUAUGACAUCACGCAACCGCAAAUCCUUGCCUCCCCCGAGCAAACGAAUGGCACGACAAGCAGUGGGAGUCGGCCAGGCAGCUCACAGUCUAUGCGGCGAUCAUGGCACGAUUUCAGCCGGGCAUCCGACGCUGACAAGAUUCAGAUACCAAAAAUCCAAUCAGAUGUAGGGUUCAAGUAUUACCUGGAGUCUCCCAUCUCGACAAGUCAGAGGAGAGAAGAUGACAGGAUCACUUAUAUAAACAAGGCAGGUCAGUUCUAUGGUAUUACACUCGAGUAUGUCCAUGACCCGGAGAAGCCUCUUCGAAAUACCCCAGUCAAAAGCCUCAUCAUGCUUGUGUUCCGUGAAGAGAAAUCUCCCGAAGAUGAAAUCAAAGCAUGGCAGUUCUGGCACAGCCGGCAACACAGUGUCAAACAGCGAAUCCUCGACGCUGACACGAAGAACAGCAUGGGCAUUAUUGGCCAGAUUGAAGAGGUCACUCACAACGCCAUCGCAUUCUACUGGAACCCCCUCGAAACCCCCGCCAAGGUGAACGUGGCCGUGCAGUGUCUCAGCACAGACUUCAGUAACCAAAAGGGUGUCAAGGGUCUGCCUCUGCACCUGCAAAUCGACACCUACGAUGAAUACAGGGAAAGCUGCACCCCAGUCCACCGAGGCUACUGCCAAAUCAAAGUCUUCUGCGACAAGGGCGCUGAACGAAAGACCCGUGACGAGGAGCGGAGAGCGGCCAAGCGAAAACUCACCGCCACAGGCAAUGGGCGCAAGAAGAUUGAGGAGAUGUACCACCAGUCCUGUGAUAGGUCCGAAUUCUACUCCAUGAGUGAUCUCAUCAAACCUCCAGUGUUGUUCACACCAAGCGAGGACACAGACAAGGUAUCCGGAAUGGAACUCAGUUUCUACACCAGCCAAGUGAUCGUGCCGGACGAUCAAACCUCUGCCGAAAAAAUAAAGCUACCCCCUGACGAGCUCCCAGCUGCUGCUGUGGCGGCUGCUGACUGGCCUGGAAUUUUUGGGCAGGCCAGGCUCGAAAGGAGGGACAAACUCGAACCAUGUGCCAACACUGACUCGGCCAUCAUCUCUCCGCCACUCAAGAAGCUGAAGGUGUUUCCGAGUGAUCGAGUGCUUCUGUAUGCCCGCCGGGAGAAGGAGGAGUACUUCCACCCUCUUCAUCUGGUGCCACCUUCGCUGGCUGGUCUAGCGAAAGCGAUUGAGAGCAAGUACAAAGUAGAUGCGUCAAGUAUAAAGAACAUAUUUAAGAGAUGCAAGAAAGGGGUGACUGUAAGAAUGGAUGACGACGUGGUCAAGCACUACUGCAACGAGGACACCUUCAUCAUCGAGCUGGAGCCUGUCGGGGAAGACUCCAUCGACGUGACGCUGGUGGAACUGUGAGCACAGCAGUGCCUGCCCUGCCGCAACUGCCGCUGUACAUAACUGAGCCACUCUACUGUGUUGUACCAUAUUUCGUUUUGGGCCGAGCUGUCGACCACAUGCCAAGAGCGAGGUGAUGUGCGUUUGACCCCGCGGCUUAACGCUGGGGUUUGCGUACUGCUUUUCGAACGGGCUUGUAGGGCACGUUCGCAGCAACCUCCCACCCCCCUCUGCUGAGCCGCAUCCUGUGGCGCACUGCAUUUCUAAGGCAAUUCUGCGUUGCUCUAAGCUCUCAAGUGAACUUCCGGAGCUGAAUUGUGCAACUCAAGUUGGCCCGCUCUCGCUCCACGACAAUUAUUUCCCAUAUUUUGGUAGAGGGUUACUCAUUCUCUCUACCCUGCGUGCUUUUCCACGGUUGUGAGGAAUGAACCUUUCUUCUGUCGCGAGGAAAAACAACUGAACGAUGGCUCAAGCCUGAUUCCAAGUGUGGACUUGAGGCAAACUUUCAUGUUUCUUUUUCAUUUUGGAAACCUUUUUUUGGUUUUUAUCAUCAUCAGGGUUGAGUUUGUACACACCAAACUUUUUUUUUUAAUGUUCUGUGACCCACCUGUUGGCAAGCAUGGCAUUUUUACAAUGGAAUUCAGUGGAACGUGCCUGUUGUAAGCGUUCAACGUUAAUUUAUGUAUCAAUUUUUAAAGCAACAGAAAUAUUUUUUAUCUGUGGGGAAGACAAAAUGUGAAAUCUCUCAUAAACCGUGUGUGUCUGUCCAGGAGUUGUAAAUAUCUUAGAGUGAAAGCUUGUGCACUUAUAACACUGCUGUGUGGUCAGUGCUCCAUGUCCUUCUUGACUCUCGCCACGGCUUGCCAAAAACGGUAGUGAGUUUAAUCGGCGCACAAAUGAUUCAACUCGUUUCAAACGUGGCGAGAUGCCCGAAAGGCACAGGCAAGUACUUUUGAAGUACGCAGGAUGAUGAAGCACAGUGCCAACAAUUUCAAAAUGACUUUUAAGGGACACUAAAGAGAAGGUUCAUCGAUGAUUCGUGAAGAUUAAUGAAUAGGCAAAUGUUGCCAUGAGCAAGAGCUUGGCAUGUCAUAAAAGGACAUGACCAAAGGUUGGUGGCCGAGCCGCUUUUAAAUUUCUGCGAAUUCGAGCAUCAUGCCCGAAUUCAUGGGCAUAUGAUGCCCUAGACUCUGCCCUAGGCUAGUGAAUCGGAAUAAUGACACAUUAAAAAAAUGAACAAAGAUGAAGGCACUUCCUUGCACAUAAAGACGACAAAUACGAGAAAACACUGUGAAAUCUGUGAUAUCGCCACAAUGUCACGGACUACAUGGUUCAUGUAAUUCAUGAUAAGAAAAGCUUUGGCUUCGUUUUCUCCGCUAAUAGGAAGUCCUUCCUUUGCACAAAAGAAACGCAUAUAACUUUUUAAAGCGUAGAAUACUGGUUUAUGCAUCUGUUCAGUGUCCCUUUAACAAUGGCACUCAAUAAAUUCAGCCAGCAAUUUCAAAUAGCCUCCUGCAUGCAGCCCUGGGGGUCCAGACACAAUCAUUCCAGCCAAAUGCAAUUACGUUUGCAUGAAGCCUUUUUUUGUCUUUGCACUUGCCCCAUUAGUGAGCUCUGAGAGUGAAUUUCAUGACCUGCAAGCCAGAAUACUCCUUAAGUUAUUGCUUCUUGAUCACAUCUUUUAUAUUUCCUUUGAGGGGCCUGCAGCAUUGCCUUUUGCUUUGAGCUCUCUUCAACUCUGCCCAUCUCUUGCUGCUUCCGACGAAGCGCUGGCCGAUGGCCACAAACUGCUGCCUGUGCUUGACAAAACACAUUUGCCCUCUCAGCUACAUCACUCACUCCGUGGCGGCGAGGGUUGUCAAGGUUGCAGAGAUGAACUGCCACUGUGUUGUUGUUUUUUUUUUUUUCUUCAUUCGUGCGAAUGUGCCAAGAUUUCACAAUUUGGGAUGCCUAUGGGAAAGCCGAGAUGUGUAAAUGGUGCCUAAAAACUGAGAGGAUCAGAGAGGCAGGUACAAAGGCUUUUUAGCACCCCGGCCGUGAUACACUCAAGAGCCCACACUAAACUUGCCAACAAUGGAAGCUAGGAUGAAUUCCGCUGAUGAAUUUGGAGCACUUCCUAUGGUUUCUGCUGGUAAAUACGGAAAGAGUCCUUCCGCUGACCGUCUUGGACCAAUUCGCUUUGCAGCGGAUCGCGCUUGCCUCGUCACCAAGGCACAAGUUCAGCAGGAGGUUCUAGGACGUGUCGCACCUUUAGUUGGUUGCGUACAAAAAUCUGCACUGUGAUCCAGCACAGAGCAUUGCCUUUUCCUCUGGGCGGUUUGGAUUUUCAGAAUCCGAGGAUUGAGGUUGCUCCUCCGAAACGAUGGGUGGGAAUUGACUAUAAAAGACCAUUUCCACAGGUCAUUGUGAAGACUGCGAAGCAGACAAAAUUUGCUUGCCGUCCUUCAGGGAGCUAACCAGCACGCAUACUUACGGAAUUCUGCUGUCGUAAAGCAAAUGACUUGAUCAUUCAGUUAUUCUGACCGUGGGCACAUCAUCGGACUUUGUUCACUUCCUCGCCUCUUGACAAGGGACUGAAUUAAUCGACUGAGGAACAUCAAAACAAAAGAAGCAUCAGCAUUUGCUACAGCUCAUAUACGUACCCAAACACAGCAGUUCUACCUACGUACCAGCGCAAGUGCAUGCCAUUCACCUGCUUAAUCGUUUCUGCUUGUUUCGCAAAAAAAAAAAAAAGUAUGCAUUCCCAAGCUGCGCUCGCUUUUGACAUUAUGUUGUUUUUCUUCUUUCAUGCUUUCCUGCACCGGCGUGCCUUCUGCUUUUAUUUGCUUAGCAACAGCUUAUUUUUGAGUGCAACUGAUGCGUUUUCUGUUAUAUAUUAUAUAUGCUUGCUUUAUGCCUCCUCAUAUCCUUUAUGUUAUAGUAUGUAUCCCCCCCCCCACUGAGCCAAAUCGCUAUAGGAUCGUUGAGUCUAGUUCAUGUUUACGAGUCUUGAAAGGUCUUGCGCGUUUCGAGCGCCUUGUUUUUAUAGGAUGCUAUCUAUAUUAUAUAUAUCACACACACACAUACACACACACAUGCACACACAAUAUGGACACGCUGUGAAAGUUUCCGCCACUGCAUUGCAAACCUGCACGAAUGCAUCAAACACGUGCCGCACUUCGCUACGCUGCUGCACUGCUCAGCUUGGCACUGGUUUACGCGAAUUGCUUCUACAAUCUGCUUAGGUAGCUUAGAGAACUGCUACUGCAGAGUGCCUGACAAAAGGCAGAAAAAGUUGCUCGUUAAGGUUAAUAGGGUUCAGCAUUUUCAGUUUCUAUGUUAUAGCAAAUUUGCCAUGUUAUUCCAUUUUCAUUUGAACGCACAAUUUUGGGCUUUAUUUGGCGACCUGUUUCCUUCUCGCAAAAACUGACUGGUUCUUUUUACAGUAAAAGACUAUUUGCACGAAAGUUCAUAGCUUCCUAUUGUUUUUGUUCUGUAGUACCUAGUCUUUGUGAUCAGUUAGCAUUUUAUGUUAUGAAUUGUGUCAGCCGUUAUUUUUAAAUUCGUAGAAAAUUUGUGUCCCUGUGGGCAUUGUGUAGAUUUGAUAAGGGUAGAAGUUCAGACUCGUAGCGACAUCUUGGUAGGUUCAUUGCACAAAACCAGAGACCGACAGGAAAUUCUAAUGUGUUGAGACCUUUGUCUGUGGUUUAGCACUAUGUAAGCAUAUGAAAGUGCAUAGACAGAAUUGUCAUAAUAAACGUUCUGACUGUGGAACUUCAUGAAUGCAACCAGAAAUGCGGCAACUAUCAUGGCCAAGUAACUACCAAUCAACUAUAGUACGAGAUUUGCUGAAUUGUUAUUGCAUAUAAGAUACGUUAAAACAAAUGCUAGCCCUUACAAGCUCUCUGAGUACUUUGAUAGUAAGAAACCUUUCUCACUACUUCCUAUACUGAUCCGAAUUGAAUGCAUGGACUGGAGUACUAUUAAUAUUUUUGUUGUUUUUUGUUAUUUGCACAUCUAUUGUGCUCUUUUCAGUUUUCAUGUGAAAACACUACAUUUCGCAUAGAUCCCAGGCUAUAAAAGCGAGCAUGGUCUUUCCUCAACUGCCAUAUUUCUCUAUAAUGCUGACAAUCUUUGGUUGAAGCUUAACUCAUUAAAAAAAAAACGGAAGUGCUGAGCCCUAGAUCAAUGCCAAAAAUUUCAAUGGGUACACCACUUAAACGCAAACUCUUACCUGAGCUGACGCUUGAAUACUGCAUAUGCAUAUUUCACGGGCUGUGCUCCGCUGUUGCUCCUACAAAAUGCCAGUUGCAUUGCACGCAAUACUCAGCCCUGGCCAAAGACAUGCAAGUGAACAUUCCAGUUUAAGCUCGGCUAUGCAAAAAUACUCCCGAUAGCCGAAACCAAGGCACAAGCUCUCUCACUGCUUUGGAGCCGUCUUAAAAAUGCAAUGCGUGUCAAAAAAAAAAAAGGAAUGCUUGCAGCCUUUGCCCAAAAAGUCAAGCUCUCCUCAAAAGCCCAGUUCCUUUUGACGAGGAACAGCACAGACUAUCUUUUCUGCAGCACAAAUUCGCUGAGCAUCAUAAGUGUUCUGUGCAUCUCAUGAAUGUCGAGCAGUAUGUACAGUGCCGCAGGCAUUUUUCUUGGUCGCCUGCAGCUGAGAGUUUGUUGAGGAGCCUUUUCUUUAAGCCAUUCUGCAUUUCAUUUGCUUGCAUGAUCACUCAACAAUGAUAAGAACAGAACUGAAGGAAACGAAUCGUGAUAAUGUGUAGCCCCUGGUUGUGAAUACUUGGGGUAUCGCAUAAAAGCUCAAGUUGGCAGGCCUUUGCUAGUAGCAGCUCUGCAGCCCGUUUGAAACACGCUUCAUAACGAGAAUGCUCAGAUCCCCGGCUGCCCAGGUUGAAACAUGCGUACCGCCUCAACCAGUGCCUCAAGGUAAACAGAGGAAACACAAAUGUGCAAUAUUACAUAUCUCUCUGCAAAACAGGCCUAGCUACUUACAUGGCUCCGAUCAGCACAGCAGUAAGAGAAACGAGGCAGCUGUGUGGAGUUCCACACAUUUUGGCAAGGAUUAUAACGAGAGGUUUAAUCAGGCCUUGGAGGAGCUAUGAUGUUUUGGGAGCCAGCACCUUUUCCCCCCUGCGAUCUUGUCCAAGCACUCAAAGGCAAGAUAACAGUUAUUGAACAGUGCUAGCAACAUCUAGCUUAGGAAAUCUGCAGGCUCCUUCAUUUUUUACCUGUGAUACAAGUGUCAAUUUUAUGGUGAGCGAUGGUGCACCCAAAUCACAACUGUUUCCCACGCAAGGAGACAAAGACGAGUAUUACUCGAAGCCAAGGUCCCUACAUAAAGCUUGCCUUGUCUUCAUUACACAUAUUUUUUAUACAAGCAUCAAUGUGUAGAGCCUGUUGCAUUUUUAUGUGGAUCUUUUUGUCUGUAAUGUUUUUUUUUUUUUUUUUUUGCUUUGUGGUGUUUGUGUGGUGGCAUGCCUUGCCAGGGGAUUUCUUACUUUUCCCGAGAUCCAGCUGGCAAAAGAUGAAUGUUCAUUGGCCCGACCUGUCGUCUGUAACCAGUGAACGCACACCAUGGUUGAAAGUGACGACUGGCGAUGCAUGGCAAUGUGUAUCGUUCAAUCCUAAAGGAAGGCAAAAAGAGCAACAAAAAAAGGGGGGAAAGUAAAAAAAAAAAGAAAGACCCUCGUCUAUAAAGUGCCAUAUUUCUACCCAGACAUUUUUGUUUCUCUUGUAGUAUGUGCGCUCUAUUACACAGACUCGUAGACCCUUUGUGACACAAGGUACGUGAAGUGCGAGCUGUUAACCGUGCGUCAAAGGAUUGUGCUGUGUAUCUUGAUUGUUCACUGCACGUCACCUUUGUCAUCUGGUGCAAGAUGUGUUGUCACGCGCUGUUGGCUUUGUCAAUGGCAAUGACAAAAUGACGAAAGCCUGGGCCUUCCAAGAAAAAAAAACUUCCCAAAGUCUUGGCAUGCUGCAAGUGUCGUGUUUUUUUAUGCCUGGUGUACUCCACCACGCGAUGUCCUUGCUCUUGAGGAUCUCUUGCCCCCCCCCCGCAUUGUAUUCAUUCGUCUGUGGGAACAUACGAGUAUAUCUCUACUUACAUUAUCAUGCAAACCAAUAAAGCUUUCCACACCUUGUUGCUCUCA